AUGGGUGAGAAUGAACGAAUGAAUGAAUUGUGCUUCGUCAAGUAUCGAGCUGAGAAAGGAGGGACUGAUCUGGAGAAAAUUACUGCACAUUCAAAUUUUUUUGUUCUUGCAACAAUGAAUCCUGGUGGUGAUUAUGGUAAGAAAGAGUUAGAUCCUGCAUUACGCAAUCGCUUCAGUGGUUAG